AUGUCGAAAUAUCGAUCAGCAUUUGUUAGAAAUGAUUCUCAUCAAAUAUCGAAUAAUAUGUCCUAUGUGAAUGAUGGAGGUGGUGACGAUCGAAGUAAACUUUUUCAACAACUUCCUACACCUGUUGACGAACAGCAAAUUGCCAGUGCCCAAAAUAAAGUCAAUCGUCUGAUGAAUGCUAUUACUGAUACAUACGAGAGAACUUUAGUGCGAAAUCUCCGUUUAGAAGAAUUGGAUAUGAGAUCAACAGAUUUGUUUCGCGAUGCGGAAAAGAUGAAAAACAUGGCACAUAAAAUGCAAGAUAAAUUCUUUUGGGAAGAUAAAUACUUUCUAAUCGUCACAAUUGCAUCGAUAUCUGCGAUUGCUCUUGGUGGUCUUCUCGCGUUGAUAUUCAUGCCAAAAAUCGGGUAG